AUGGAUCACGACUCUGUAUUCGAAUCACGACCCUUGCCCCAAGCAGAAGAAAAAGUCAUCAAGCCCCAAGACCUUCAUCUCAAGAACGGAAAGCCCCCUUGCGACUACGACGCCGCGACCAUGGCAGAAACGGGCUCUCUCAUGACUAACAAUCUCGGCGAUCAAAUUGUUCUGAGCAACGAAGAUACCAUCAACUACCGAACAUGCAGUUGGCAGAUGACAGCCGCUUUGCUCUUCUCUGAGUAUAUCUGUAUAGCUAUCAUGUCAUUUCCAUGGUCCUACUCGGUACUCGGUCUCAUCCCGGGCCUUUUGUGUACCGUGGUUAUCGCAAUGAUUGUCCUGUACACUUCAUUAACUAUCUGGCGAUUCUGCCUGAGACACCCCGAAGUUCGAGACGUCUGCGACAUAAGCAAGAUCCUCUUUUUCGACUCAGAUAUUGUCUGGUACAUCGCCGCAGCCAUGUUCCUCCUGAACAACACCUUCAUCCAAGCACUACACUGCCUCGUCGGGGCCGAGUAUCUAAACACUGUCGCAGGCCAACCAUUCUGCACAGUAGCACUCGCCAUGAUAACAGCAAUCAUCUCAUUCAUCUGCUCUCUCCCCCGCACAUUCAGCACCUUAUCAAAAAUAGGCACAUUCUCCGCCAUCGCCACCUUCCUCUCAAUAUUACUAUCGAUAAUCUUCGCCGGUAUCCAAGACCACCCCUAUGGCUGGACUGAAGAAAAAGGCGACCCGAUGAUCCUCAACUUCCCAGCACCUGGCACAACAUUCGUGCAAGGCCUCAGCGCAUUCCUGAAUAUAAGCUUCACAUUCAUCGGCCAGAUCACACUACCCAGCUUCAUCUCCGAAAUGAAAGAGCCGCACGAUUUUUGGAAGUCUCUCGCAGCGGUGACAGUUGCGGAAAUAAUCCUCUUCACCAUCGUUGGGGCCCUUGUUUACGUUUUCGUCGGAAAUCAGUACAUCACUUCGCCAGCCUUCGGCUCACUGGGCAACGACGUCUUCAUGAAAGUCUCGUUUUCAUUCAUGGUUCCGACACUUAUCUUCCUCGGUGUUCUAUAUGCAUCUGUCUCCGCUCGGUUCAUUUUCUUCCGCAUGUUCGAGGGGACUCGGCACAAGACUAAUCAUACUGUUUUUGGGUGGGCCUGUUGGUCGGGUAUUCUGCUCUUCCUUUGGAUUGUGGCUUGGGUGAUUGCGGAGGUGAUUCCGUUCUUCACGAAUUUGCUUUCCAUUAUGAGUGCUAUCUUCGGGUCCUAUUUUGGAUUUAUUCUAUGGGGGUGGGCCUGGAUUCGGAUGCUGUAUUCGGAUCAUCCUAAUCUCACGAAGAAGCAGGGUCUUCGGCAUUGGGUGGAGCUGCUCUUCAACGGCAUUAUUAUUUUGAUUGGGCUUUUCUUCCUUGGGCCUGGGACAUAUGCAUCCGUGCAAUCGGUACUCGACAGUUACAAGGAAGGUGGUUUUGACUCAGCGUUCUCGUGUGCGAGUAAUGGCCUCCACUGA